UCAAUGUCAUUUCCUUGUGAAUCAAUUAUCAAAUAGCGGUAUCUAUGCUAGAUUCACAAAAAAUCGUAAUUAAAUAAUUAUUCCGGCAUCGUUAUACAUCAAAAAGUGUUUAAUUACAAUAUUUAGCAGCUUUACUAUAUAGCUAAAACUUCUUUUGAGCCGGAAAAAGCAAUAACCUACAAUCAUGGACCAGCUCCUGCACCAGGUUGCCUCCAACAUGGAGAAGCAGCUGGACAGUGAAAUUGAAAGGUUAGAAACCCUGGACUCGAGUGACCUGGAGGCGAUCAGACAGCAGCGCAUCGCCGAGAUGAAGAAGAGAGCUAAGGCUAAACAGGAGUGGAUGGCUAAUGGCCACGGCGACUACACAGAGAUAGACGGCGAGAAGGAGUUCUUCACCGUCUGCAACAAGAGUGAGAAUGUGGUGUGUCACUUCUACAAGAGUGACACUCCUCGCUGCAAGAUAGUGGACAUGCAUCUCAAGCUGCUCGCCAAGAAGCAUAUAGAGACGAGGUUCGUCAAGCUAGACGUGGAGAGGGCGCCGUUCCUCACUGGUCGUCUGAAGAUCCGUGUGAUUCCCACCAUCGGGCUGGUGAAGGACAACAAGACCAAGGACUUCAUCGUCGGCUUCACGGAGCUCGGCAACCGCGACGACUUCUCCACCGAGCUGCUCGAGUGGCGGAUAGCUAGGUCAGAAGCAAUCGAAUACAACGGUGACCUCCUCGUCCCGCCCGCAGACGCCCGCAAAGCCCGCAUGGUGCAAAUACAGAGCAAGAAGACCAUCCGAGGACGACCGGACUCAGAUUCCGAUCUAGAACUUAGCGACUAACAGACAAUUACCGAGAGUUGAAAUAGUUUCUACCAUUUUAGGUUAAAAUUUUGUGUGUGGCAAUACUGGUGAUGUGCUGUCAUUGGUGUGACAUAUCCAGUGAAUAAUGCCUAAUUCUUUUUAUGGAGGGUUGUGUUAAAAGGGGAGGCUAAUGGUCCAUCCUUUUCUUAAUUUAUAUUGUUUUAACAGCUUUAAUCAGCUGUUCUUAACAAGUUGAUUAUUAAAAACAAGCAAAUUAUUAACUUGCAUUUUAGCACAGCUCAGAAUACAGCUCUAUUCUGUCAAGAUCAUUGACAGAAUCACUUCAACAAUCUUUUUCAGAUUUUAACCUUCUUCUGAAAUUUUCACGUAAAUAGAUAUUUUUGCCAUUCCAAUGUCAAUAACAGACUAUUAUUAUGUAAAGCAAUAUUUUUUUGCAAAUAUUUUAAAAUUGAAGUAUUUUAUGUAUGUGUGAAUGGUGCUAAGCGAUCUGAACUUUAUGGAGUACAAGAUAGAGUUGUGUUUUGUUUGCACAAGCGUGUAGUGUUGCCAGUUACCGUUGGGGUAGUUAGGUAGUUUCAGCUAGUUGUGUUUGGGUUAUAUUCUGUACAAAUGAAAUUAAUGUAUAUCGCAAAUUAUUAUCAUAUUUUGAAUAAACACUUUUCUAACAA